AUGCAGAAUGAAGAUGAGGUGAUAGAUGCGGUUAAAGCAGCAGUAAGGGCUGGGUAUAGACAUAUCGACUGUGCUGCCAUCUACCGGAAUGAACGAGCUGUUGGUCAUGCUAUUAAACAGCUGAUUGUAGAGGAUGUGGUCAAACGAGAAGAUUUAUUUAUUACAAGCAAGUUAUGGAAUACAUGUCACCGACCAGAUUUAGUAGAAGAUAAUUUAAAGAAGUCAUUAGAAGAUUUAGGUUUACAAUACUUAGAUUUAUAUUUAAUGCAUUGGCCUAUGGCGUAUAAGGAAGGGGGAGAAUUUUUACCACGAGAUGAAAAUGGGAAAGUUUUAUUUUCUGAUGUCGACUACUUAGAUACAUGGAAGGCACUAGAAGACUGUGUUGACCAAGGACUAACAUUAAGUAUUGGUUGUAGUAAUUUUAAUAGUAAACAAUUACAGAGAAUAUUAGAUAAUUCCAGAAUUAAACCUAGUAAUAAUCAGGUAGAAAUAAAUAUACAGAAUAACAAUAAGAAAUUAGUGGAGUAUUGUAAAGCUAAUGAUAUAGCUGUAACAGCCUUCGCUCCUCUAGGUUCACCUGGAAACACCAGUAAUUCUACGCCAUUAUUAGAAGAUCCGGUAUUAAAGGAUAUAGCCAGCAAGAAAAAUAAAACACCAGCUCAGGUAGCUUUAAGGUUUUUAAUACAACAGGGUAUUGGGGUGUUACCUAAAAGUGUCAAUGCUAAAAGAAUACCAGAAAACUUUGAG